GGUUUCACCCCGCACCAUUCUUACUUGUGCGCAUGCACCAUACAAAGUCCAUACACAUAUCGACAACUUCUAGCUAGGAGGGGAGACUAAGUUUUUAUUGUCCAUGGCGACCAGCACUGGGAAGUUCACUGAUGGCGUGUGGGGCCCGAAGCACUACAUCCUGGCGGCCAUCGGCGUGACCCUCGCCGUGAGCGCCGUGGCCGUCGUGACCUCCGUGAUCCUCAGCCCCGCGCGCAUCGUCUUCUCCGUGACCGCCACCUCCACCAACCAAGUCCAGGGCGCGCCGGUGUUGAUCCUAAACUUCACCGUCGACGCCGCCAACCCGAGCGGCCGCGCGGGGGUGGAGUACAGCUCCCUCACGGCCAGGCUACGGGUGUACAGCGCGAGACACAGGGCGGCCGCCUGGGUGCAGACGGUGGUCCACCAGGCCAUGCCGCUCUUCCAGCCGUCGGCGAGCUCGAGCAGCUUCCGUGCGUCGGCCUUCUUCGACCAGCGUUUCUUGGUUAGUAGCUCCGGCGGCAUCGACGGUGAGGACCCCUCAAUUCGAAAAAAUGUCUCCGGCGGCAUCAAGGGCGACCGUGCCCAGCGGGCGCCUCCCAUGGCCGUGCUGGUGAGGGCCCAAGUCCGGUUCAAGGUCGGGCUGGCCUACUCCCGCCCGUACGACGUCGAGGUGUCCUGCCAGCCCGUCGACUUCUUCACCGCCGCGGCCGCCGGUACGAGGAUCGGCUGCGCUGCCUGACUGAUCGAUCGAUCCAUCUAUGCCUAGCUGUUUGUGUCGAUAUGUGAAUCUCUCUAGACCUGCAUAUCCAUUUGUUUCGACAGUCCAAAUCAUAUGCUAUUUUAUUUCUCCAA